UUGGCGGGCAGCUUUAAUGUAAAUAACCAGCUGUUUUGCAAUGUCUCCAAUCUGAUAAAGCAUAAUAAUCCAUGUGGAUACCUCAUCCCAGGGUACUGUGUUUGUGUACUUGUCAGUUGACAGGGGAGGGAUGUUUCCUGGAAGUGCCUCUCUCCAUUCUGUGCAGCACAGCUCCCCCCAGUCCAACAUACUGAACAAGAGGCUGAGCUGAGCUCACAGACUGAGCAGUGUGCAGGCCGGCCUGUACCAGCCUCUGCCUCCUCUCUAUAACGGAUCAUAAUGUUACUGAGCGCAGUCUGCCUGAUCCUGCUGGCUUCCUCUCUACUGCUGACCACGCUGUCUGAAGGACGAACGUUUUUAUCUCCUCAGUCUGCAUCUCAAUUUCUCACAAGAAAACGGAGAGCAAAUUCAUUUUUUGAGGAAAGUAAAGGUGGCGACCUGGAAAGGGAAUGUAUCGAGGAGCUUUGCAAUAAGGAAGAAGCUCGGGAAAUAUUUGAGAACAUCCCUGAAACGGAAUACUUUUACCCAAGAUACUUAGCCUGCCUUGGCAGCCAUCGUAAUGGAAAUGCGAAUAAGCUUACCUAUGUGGAUUUUGAUAGCCCAGCAGACCUAAGGUCAUGUGUUACUGCACUUCCGAAUCAGUGCAAGCCUUUGCCCUGCCAUAAAGAGGGAUCCAAGGAGUGUAAAGAUGGAAAAGGAAACUAUACCUGUGUGUGCAACCCAGGAUGGCAUGGAGUGCGCUGCGAGGAGGACAUAAAUGAAUGUGAGGAUCCAGAAAAGGAAAAUGCUGGAUGUAACCAGAGGUGUGUGAACUUCCCUGGUGGCUAUAGAUGUGCAUGUGAAGAUGGCUACUACCUGCUGGCAGACAAACACACUUGUAAUGAUAGAAAUGAAUGUGAGCUAAGUCCAGUUAUCUGUGGAGGGGCAAAAUGCCGGAACACCCCAGGAAAAUAUGAAUGUGACUGCAAUGCUGGGCAUCGUUUUAACACGUCCUCCAAGACUUGUGAAGACAUAGAUGAAUGCGCAGAGGACAUCUGCAAUCAAAUGUGUGUCAACAUGCCGGGAAGUUAUAAAUGUUACUGCGAUGGAAGGAAAAAUUUUAAGCUUGCUGAGGACAAGAGAUCCUGUGAAGUUAUACCGGUGUGUGUUCCUCUCAAUCUUGAGACAAAUUAUCAAUUGCUGUACCUGGCAGAACAAUUCACAGGGUUUCCUGUAGUUUAUCUGAGAUUCAAACUGCCAGAUGUUACAAGGUUUUCAGCAGAGUUUGAUUUACGAACCUACGAUGGGGAGGGAGUAAUUCUGUACGCAGAGUCAUUUGAUGCCACUUCAUGGUUUCUGCUCGGUCUGCGUGAUGGAAAAAUUGAAAUUCAGUUCAAGAAUGAACUAUGGACAAAAGUUACAACCGGCGGCAAGUCAAUCAAUAACGGAGAGUGGCAUAUAGUGUCAGUGGAGGAGCUGGAAAACAGCAUAAGUGUGAAGAUUGCGAAAGAAGCUGUUAUGAGCAUCAAUAACCCCAAAUAUCUGUUUAAAUCUGUGAAUGGUAUUUUGGAAACCAAAGUCUACAUAGCGGGAUUGCCAAAGAAAAUUGAAAAUCUCAUUAAACCGAUUAACCCCCGACUGGAUGGCUGUAUCCGCGGAUGGAACCUGAUGAAUCAAGGAGCACUGGGUGUCAAGGAAUUUAUUCAAGGAAAGCAGAGUAAGCAUUGCUUGGUGGAUGUGGAGGACGGCUCCUACUACCCUGGAGGAGGACUGGCACACUUCAUACUGAACUACACUGACAGCACGUCAGUCGAAGGAGAUUGGGCAGUGAAUAUUACUCUGGACAUUAGGUCAUCAACAGGCACUGGGGUGAUGGUUGCGCUAGUUAAGGAAAACACCGUGCCAUUGGCAGUAGCUGUGGAGGACCAGUCAUCUGACAUUGUGCAAGACAUCAUUGUCAGUAUCGAAGACAUCACAGUGGCACGACUGUCAACAAAAAGGAUAUGUACUGACAAUACACUCUUGGUUACCCUUACAAUUACAAAGUCAGCUCUCAAUAUCAUAUCCAGUUCCUACACUGAAAUCCGCUAUGUGGACAAAGAAGAAAUGAAGACGCAGUUGUCAAUUUUGGAUCAGGCAAUGAAAGGACAUCUGGAUACAUAUUUAGGAGGAAUUCCAGAUAUUCCGCUUACCACUACGCCUGUCUCUGCCUUCUACACUGGUUGUAUGGAUGUGACCAUUAAUGGAAAUCUGAUAGACCUGGAUGAAGCUGUGCUCAAGCAAAAUGACAUCCGAUCACAUUCCUGUCCUUUAGUUUCAUAGUGUCCAGGAACCGUUUGCUUUUCUUUUUUUGUAAUUUCAUUUAUUUUAUUUUUUUAGCGCCUACUACUGAAUUACCAAACCCAUUUGAUAACAGAUGUGCCAGAAUUAAACAUUCUUUACAAUUGUACUUUUACUAUACUGUGAUGUACUGAGUGCCGAAAAUCUUUCCUAUGUUUUUUUUCCAGCAAUGGGAAAUGUUUUGUAACAUCUCAUUUAA